AUGCUCCACUUCAACUCCACUUGGGUGCCCACGCCGCCAUUGGAACUCACCCACCUCGCUCGUUCCUCGAAUCACAUACUUAUUCUCGUCCCUUGUCGCCGAUCAAACGUUCUUGACCGUUCAAGCAUCAGGAAAAGGUCUAUCCGUAGAUAA